AUGUUUGCCAAACUCCAAUUCCUCGUUGUGCUGCUGAGUAUUGGGGUGCAGGGUCGACCACACUUACCACACAUCCUCAGUAGCGUCUGGCAUGACGUGAUCUCCCCUAACAUCACCCUGGGACGGGAAGCCAAAGAGUGGCGACCUCACUCUGCCGAUGCAGCUGCUGUACCUGACCUCUUCCUUCCACCAAGGGCACCUAUCUUACGCAACUUCCCUGAUACAAACACGCAGAACAUGGCCGUUACAGCAUUCUUCGAUGCACUUAAUUUGGCGUUUUCAGGUUACAAAGCUCUUAUGGGCCAAUGCAAACCGGGGUGGCAGCCACCUGCAACAUACCUCAGAUACUUCCCACCCGAACCGGAGGAUGCCCGAGGAUCAGUCCAGGAUGCCUUACUGGCUGUCAUAGGUCCCAGUCCUUACGGACCGGCUGAGAUGGACGAACCAGGCUACAGCUUUGCAAUCUACUACGAAGAAGUGGUCGACGUCCCAGAGUCCAUCGCAGAGCUCGAUCAGCGAAUGUGCAGCCAUAAUGACCCGCCCAACGCGUAUUUCGGCGAGAGCGACGAAGAUUCUGCCGCGUGGAUGGUCAUCUGUCCCAAGACGUUCGAGAACCAGAAAGAUCUGUCUCAUACAACCUGUGAGGAGCUACCUGACGGUGCAACAGCAGCUAUGGAUGUUCCAGGCGCGACUGUGCUCCACGAAUUCCUACACUGGCACAGAAUGACGACAAAUAUUGGCACUCUCGAGAUUGUGGACUACAACAUCGAUGAUCUGGGGAUCAAUCUGAUUGAUCCUAAAGCCUGGCCAAAAACUGGGUACGGACCGGAGAAUGCACAAGCACUGAAUGAGGUGUUUCAAAGAUGGGAUCCUUCGGACAUGAGCGAGGAGCAUCUCACUCGAGCGCCCUGGUUGAACGCUGACAAUUAUGUCUAUUUCUGUCUUGAGUCAUACUGGGAAGAGAAAUGUGCUGGGAAGCACUUUGGAGACGCUCCUCGACCUCCUCCGAUCAACGCACUCCGGUAA